AUGUCAGGGCAGCCAGCCUUGACAAUAUGGGCUUUGGACGAGAAGCCCCAGUCCUCCAGGGGUGCCUAUAGGCCAUGCGGAGAAGGGGAUUGGUGGGAAAUUCACCCAUUCCACUCCCAGCGAUCUUCCCCGUCGCUGGUCAGAUUGCGGGCCGAACGAGGGGGCAAAUUGCUAAGACGAGGGGCCUUCGCUGUCGAAGCCACUGCUGGUGUGAUUGGUGAUUGGAACCCUGUGCAGCGACGUCAUUGGCGAGCAGCAUGCAAAUUCAAAAAUUCCUUGCUUCUCAACGCAAACCGGGAACGACGAAGAGUCCAAGUCGAUUGA